CUCCCUUAAAAUAUUUUCUCAUUAACAUUUUCUCCUUUUACGCUAUAUUGUUUGUACAUUGUUUAACAUGAAUGUAAAUGUUAUUGCAGAUAAUCACCACGGUGCUGUGACAGUAUUAUUAUUAUUUAUUUGAUUUAUUCAUUUUAAUUGGACGUAUCCGAUGAUUUUUUAUGUUAUUAUUAGAUUCAUUUGUAUAUUUAUUGUCAUUUAAUUGUUGAUUCUUUGGUCCCUCCUACAAAAGCUGUAACAUCUUAGCGAUUGGCCUGGUUGAAUCCCAAUGCACUUGAGACAAAGCUUUAAAUGUAAGGAGAAGUCACUAGAGUCACUCAUUUCACAUGCUCACACAGAGACGUUCUUCGCUCCAGUACUUUGGUAACUAGUUCCAUUGGUAAAUCUAUGCAGUGAAAGGGGUUAAGCUUGUGUUUUAAAUUGUGAUAUAUUUUACAGAUGAUGGAAAAUGCUACAGCUGUUACACUGUUGACUCUUUCAGGUUUAGAUUUUACAUUGGAGCACAAAAUUAUCCUCUUCUUGCUAACUUUACUAUGGUACUUAAUCAUUGUUUUGGGAAACGUUACUAUUAUUGUUGUCAUUAUUCAGGAUAAAAACCUUCAUGAGCCAAUGUAUAUCUACUUGUGUAAUCUAUGCAUCAAUGCUUUGUAUGGAACUAUUGGCUUUUACCCAAAAUUCCUUCUGGACCUUCUGUCAUCUCACAUCAUUUCUUAUGCUGGAUGCAUGCUACAGGGUUUUGUAAUACACUCAUCGGUUUGCAGUGAUUUUUCUAUCUUAACCCUGAUGGCAUAUGACAGAUAUGUGGCCAUUUGUCAACCUCUAGUCUAUCAUUCAUUUAUGACAAAACAGAGAGUCACCAUCUUUGUGUUUUUGUCCUGGCUCUUACCUCUUUAUUGCAUGUUUAUGAACACAGCAACAUUAUUAGGAUCAAGGUUAUGUGGCUCACACAUAAAGAGAAUCUAUUGUGUUAACUGGAUGGUAGUAACUCUUACUUGCUCACCACCGAAAGCUAACACAGGAGUUGCAUAUUUUAAUAUUUUGUUUUAUUUUGGACAUUUUUUGCUUAUUUUAUGGUCUUACGUGUAUCUGAUAAGAACAUGCCUGGUGUACACAGAAAACUGGGGAAAGUUUACGCAGACAUGCUUGCCACAUUUAAUCUCUCUUAUCACUUACUCCAUAACUGUCCUUUUUGAUGUAUUGUACAUGAGAUUUGGGUCUCAGAAUGUAUCUCAACAUCUCAAUAAUUUUAUGGCAAUGGAAUUUCUACUGAUCCCUCCAGCUGUGAAUCCAUUUGUAUAUGGAUUCAAACUUACCAAAAUUCGCAACAAAAUUAUGAAUUUAGUUUUAAUGAAAAGGACAGAUGCAAAGUGUCAACGUAAUAAUUUUCGCAUUAAAAGUUAGCUCUCAAACUGAGAUAUUAAUGCUGAACAACAAUUCAUUGUAUCAUGUUGGCCUGUAUCUAAAUGGCUAUGAAGUGGAAAGUAUAUCUGUUCAGAAACAUUUUCCUGUAAAUGAAUGUUAGUUGAAACUGUUAGACAGGGAGAUUAUGGUCAAUGCAGAAGAUCACAGCUUUGCAGUGACUCAUCUUUUCAUUUUAAAUUGCAUGUAUCUUAUCAACAGUUAAUAACAAAUGUUACUCUGUGUUCACUUGUUAUGUGAUGGUGCAAAAAACUUUUGGUACAGAAAACCAAAAGAAAUCUGAUGAUGAAAUCUGAAGCAAAUAAUUGUGAAAUGAUCAUUGAUGGUUUCAUACUGAAUAAAAGCCUGCUUACUGUAACAUGCAUGAUCUUAUGUAGUUAA